AUCGGCGGCGGAAGACGACGAGAUUGACGCGUGCUUCUCCUCCCAUCUCGCCUUCCUGUUUUCUGCCAAGGUGGGGGGUGGGGCAUCGCUUGCUGAGGCUCGCCACCCUCCUUUGCCGGUAACUCUAAGGUUUUAGUGGAGAUGGAGGUGAACCCACCCAAGCAGGAGCAUUUACUGGCGCUGAAAGUGAUGAGAUUGACCAAGCCUACGUUAUUCACCAAUAUUCCAGUAACAUGUGAAGACAGAGACUUACCAGGAGAUCUCUUUAAUCAGCUCAUGAAAGAUGAUCCUUCCACUGUAAAUGGCGCAGAAACUCUAAUGCUUGGAGAAAUGUUGACUUUGCCUCAGAACUUUGGAAAUAUAUUUUUGGGAGAAACUUUUUCCAGUUAUAUCAGCGUUCACAAUGACAGCAACCAGAUUGUAAAAGACAUAUUGGUAAAGGCUGAUCUCCAGACAAGUUCUCAACGUUUAAAUCUUUCAGCUUCCAAUGCUACAGUUGCGGAACUUAAAUCUGAUUGUUGUAUUGAUGAUGUCAUCCACCAUGAAGUGAAAGAAAUUGGAACACAUAUCUUGGUGUGUGCAGUCAGCUACACUACUCAGAGUGGAGAAAAGAUGUACUUUAGGAAAUUCUUCAAAUUUCAGGUUCUUAAACCAUUGGAUGUGAAAACCAAGUUCUAUAAUGCAGAGACAGAUGAAGUGUUUCUUGAAGCCCAAAUUCAAAACAUUACAACCUCACCCAUGUUUAUGGAGAAGGUUUCAUUGGAACCGUCUAUGAUGUACAAUGUAGUAGAACUAAACACUGUGAAACAAGCUGGUGAAGGUAUGUCCACAUUUGGCUCAAGGACAUAUUUGCAACCAAUGGAUACACGCCAGUACUUAUAUUGCCUAAAGCCCAAGCAAGAAUUUGCAGAAAAAGCUGGAAUUAUUAAGGGGGUAACAGUAAUUGGAAAAUUAGAUAUAGUGUGGAAAACAAACCUUGGUGAAAGAGGAAGAUUGCAGACCAGCCAAUUGCAGAGAAUGGCCCCAGGCUAUGGCGAUGUGAGGUUGUCUUUAGAGGCAAUCCCGGAUACUGUGAAUCUGGAAGAACCUUUCCACAUUACUUGUAAAAUAACAAACUGCAGCAGUGAAAGGACCAUGGACUUGGUUUUGGAAAUGUGCAAUACAAAUUCCAUCCACUGGUGUGGAGUUUCAGGAAGACAACUUGGAAAGCUAAACCCAAGUUCAUCUCUUUAUCUUGCACUUACGCUGCUUUCUUCUGUGCAGGGACUGCAAAGUGUCUCUGGCUUAAGACUAACAGACACAUUCCUGAAGAGAACAUACGAGUACGAUGAUAUUGCCCAAGUCUGCGUGGUGUCGUCAACUAUUCAAGUAGAAAGCUAGUUGUUUGUCUUGGAUUUUUUUUCUCAUCUGAAUGUUAAAAAUGUUUACCCAUUCGCUUAUGUUAGGGUCAUAAGCGUAUCACUAACAAUUAUAUCAUUAUUUAAAUUUCUUCCUUGAGACAGUAAUAGACUUUGGAUAUUCUAAACAUGCUGUAUUUUAAAGGGAGAUCUCCGGAUUUUAUUUUCUCUAAGACAAUAAAUUAUAUUUCUUCACAUCCGUAUUUUCUGCAGUAUUACCUCUUCUAGAUUCAUUGUAGGGAGGCACCAGAUCCCUUCCUUGGUCCGAGGCUAACACCUGAAAAUGAUGAGGUCUCUGUUAGACUCCCUAACAAUGCAGCUGUCAUUCUUCAUUCAACUCUAGGUGGCAACCUACAUAAUAGAAUGUCUUCACUCAGAGAGUUUAUGGGAUUCUAACUAUUGAGGCUUAUAUAAAGAAUUCAUAACUGUUCUAUUUAGCCUGCUCCUUCCUCUCCCCUUUCCCCAACCCCCCAGGGACUCCCAGCUUUUCAGAGCAGACAGAUUCUCAAGGACAACGUUUAGAAUGACUGAGGCCAGGCUCCCCCACCUUACCUGUGCUAUUUACUGCCCAGAUGUAGAAGUGCUUGUCCGAUGGGCUUAGAAAUUGUACGUUUAGAACACAUGAAGCUUUCUUGUUUAUCCUCUGACAUUAGCGGUUUUAUAUUAGUCAUAGCAGCAUGGUCAGAAUUGGUCAAGUUCCAACAGUUAUUACUCCCACAAUUGGGCCUUGUUAUAACUGUGUGAUAACUUAGGCUUCUUUUUACCAAAUAAAGUAGUCGAUGGAGUUUUCCCAUCUCUCAAAGCCAAGAAGUGGCUUGAUUUGGCUGCAAAUGAAAAUCUACCACUCUCGCCAUGAAGAUUUUCAACGUUCUAAUGUUGACAUCUCUUGGACUUGAGGUCUAAAUGCCUCUUGUAUUUAUUUUCUCAUGAUAAAUUGGCCCUUCAUUAUAGUUAAUCACCAAACUUGCUUAUCACUGUCAUGCAGCCAAAGAAACGGCUGCAAAUACAGUGUUACGAAGCUUCCUGGUGAAAUAAUAAUAAAGCUGUUUGAACAGUGUCAGCAAAAUAAAAGCUCAUAAACUCUGAGGUACAAAGCAAUUCUAUUUUGGUAAGCUGAGAUAAUAAAAAACUAUACACGCAAUUUAAGUGUGUGGGUGAAAAAUAAUUUAAAUAAACAUUCAUUUGUUUUAAUGCAUAAGUAUUUAUUAAUUACAUGACAAACUGUUGUUAGCCUAAAAUGAAAGUGAUUUCAGAACAUGGUUUGCCAUUUUAAUUGGAAUAAUCCAUAUGAAAUGUCCUCAGUGUAAAAUAAAGUGCAAUUAGUUAAAAUUAUAAA